GGCAGCCAAUCGCGGCGCGGCGUGGCGCGGAGCUCGGAGCAGAGAUGUCUGCCGCUGGAUGCUGACGGAGCCUCCCGCGGACUCCUGAGGACUCCCUGCGGGCUCCCGCGGGUUCCCGAGCCUCGCAGAGCCCCGGUGUCCCUCCCCGGCCCGGCCCGAUGGAGAACCCCAGAGACCUGGUUGAGCGUCCAUCCAGGAAGAGGCGGGACUCGUUCGGGAUGAUGGACAGUGUGGAGGAGGAGCGCAGCAGCUGCAGCAGUGACUCCAGCGGGGGCAGCGGGGGGUCCAGCCCCGAGGACAGCGAGGACGACGAGUCGGGGGGAGGAGAAGGAGGAGACGGGCUGACGGCGCUCACCCCCUCCUCUUCCUCCUCUUCCUCCUCCUCGCUGACACUCGUCAAAACCAACGGGCAGCUGUACACCUACCCUGACGGGAAGGCCGGCAUGGCCACCUGCGAGAUGUGUGGGAUGGUGGGCGUCCGUGACGCCUUCUACAGCAAGACGAAGCGUUUCUGCAGCGUCUCCUGCUCCAGGAGUUACUCCUCCAACUCCAAGAAGGCCAGCAUCCUGGCCCGGCUGCAGGGGAAACCUCCCACCAAGAAGGCCAAAGUGCUGCAGAGGCAGCCUCAGGUGACCAAAGUGUCCUACGGCCAGUCGGGCCAGCAGGGCUCCAUCAGGAGGAGCGCUCCCGCGGAUGUGUUCGACUGGGGCCGUUACCUUGGAGACGGAGAGGUGGCGGGAGCGCCGGUCAGCUGCUUCAAACACGUCCCGAUGGGGAAGUCGUGGAGCGACAUCAGCGAAGGCGUCAGAGUCGAAGUCCCGAACACUGACAGUGGUCUGUCUAUGAAGGUUUACUGGAUCGCUGGGAUCAUCAAACUGGCUGGUUUCAAAGCCCUGAUGAGGUACGAGGGCUUCGACUCCGACCCCACCAGAGACUUCUGGCUGAACCUGUGCGUCCCCGACAUUCAUCCUGUGGGCUGGUGUGCAGCUGGUGGGAAACCCCUGGUCCCCCCGCAGACCAUCCUGCACAGGUUCACCAACUGGAAGAAUUUCCUCAUCAAAAGGCUGACUGGCACCAAAACUCUGCCCCCAGACUUCAACUAUAAGGUGCAGGAGAGCAUGCAGUUCCCCUUCAAGAAGCAGAUGAGGGUGGAGGUGGUGGAUAAGACUCACCUGUGUCGGACCCGAGUGGCUCUGGUAGAAGAGGUGAUUGGCGGUCGUCUGAGGCUGGUGUACGAGGAGUGUGACGACGGCUCGGAUGAUUUCUGGUGUCACAUGUACAGUCCGCUGAUCCACAGCGUCGGCUGGUCGCGCUCCAUCGGACACCGGUUCAAACGCUCCGAUGUGUCAAAGAAGAUGGACGGCGGUCACAUGGACGCUCCUGGACAGCUGUUUGCUCAGGUGAAGGAGGUGGAUCAGAGCGGGCGCUGGUUUGAAGACGGGAUGAAGCUGGAGGCCAUCGACCCUCUGAACCUGUCGGCCAUCUGCGUGGCCACCGUGAGGAAGGUUCUGGCCGACGGUUAUCUGAUGAUCGGCAUCGACGGGUCGGAGGCCGCCGACGGCUCCGACUGGUUCUGCUACCACUCCACCUCCCCCUCCAUCUUCCCCGCCGGCUUCUGUGAGAUCAACAACAUCGAGCUGACGCCCCCCAGAGGUUACAAAAGUCUUCCGUUCCGCUGGUUUGAGUAUUUGAAGGAGAGUCAGUCUGUAGCUGCUCCAGUGGGCCUCUUCAACAAGGACGUCCCGGACCACGGCUUCCGUCCCGGGAUGAAACUGGAGGCGGUGGACCUCAUGGAGCCCCGCCUCGUCUGCGUUGCCACGGUGACGCGCAUCGUCCACCGGUUGCUACGGAUACACUUCGACGGCUGGGAGGACGAGUACGACCAGUGGGUGGACUGUGAGUCGCCCGACCUUUACCCGGUGGGCUGGUGUCAGCUGACUGGGUACCAGCUGCAGCCGCCAGCAGUCAACACAGGUUGCAGAGACGUCCACUCAGCAGCAGCCAAACAGAGGAAAAAGUCCCAGCAGUACAAAGGACAGAAGAAAAAGAGGAAGCUGCCCGUUGCUAAGCGACCGGUCAGUCUGUCCGGCGCCGUGGUAACCGGCGUCCCACGGAGCCUGUCGGGAGACGAGAACGAGACUCUGCCCGAUUACCCAUCACCCCCUGCUCCCAACAUGGCCGCCCAGCCGGCGUCUGUGGACCCGGACAGCAGCCCGCACAGCGAGGAGGGGACAGGUCUUCAUGUCGCGCCGGCGAGCGGCGCCGUGACCGACGUGUCGACUCUGAGGAACCAGAGCGCAGCGCUGAGCGGCUCCGAACGUCAGUGAACGCCUCACCAGCCAGAUCCAGACUGAUCUACCUGAGCCGCAGUGAAAGCGCCCCCUGCAGGCCGGGAUGGAAACCACGCCCGGCUCAUGCAGUGUGUGUGUGUGUGUGUGUGUGUGUGUGUGUGUGUGUGUGUGUGUGUGUGUGUGUGUGUGUGUGUGUGUGUGGAUGAUGCUGACAGCAGGGGGCGCCGUCACAUUCUGUGUGAACCGUCCCUCACAAACCUCUCCGAGGGCCCGAAAUCUGAAACACACCCGAGGCAGAUUCUACAGAAUUUAUUCAAAAGUGUUUAUUUAAAGCAGACAGUUUUAUCAGACGGACGUUUUACUCACAUGUUUUAUUUAUGAGAGCGGCGGCACAUCCGAAUGUCACAGACUCUUUCGGGUAAAGUCGAGAAACGACUAAAAAAACAAAGAAUGAAGCAAAAAAAAAAAAAAUUUUAAAGCAUAAAAUCACAUUUCAGUUUAUUAACAAAGAAAAAAAAACACAUGAACUUUUUUAUCUGAAAUGUGGAUGUUGUCAGUUUUAAACUCGUGAUGCUGUUUUUAAAAAGGUUUGUUGUUGUUUGUCGUCUUUUUAUAUGUGACUCUUUGUAUCGUGGUGCCGUCUGUGGACGAUAAACAGAUCUGAAAAGCGUUUCUAUGGAGGAUUUGGACAAACUGUGAAGCAGUGUUUGUGUUUUGUACUCAGGGGAAGUGGAAGCAGCUUCCUGUUGGUUUGUGUCGUGUGUCUGUUUGUGGUUUUUACGUGUCGAACGGACAGAAAAAGGUGUUCGGGGGGGGGGGGACGUUUGGAGCUUUGAUGGAUUUACUGCAUGUGUUUUUGGCCGUCGGGGGACAUGAACCUGGUUCGAUCCUAACGAAGCACUUACUGCGACGUGCAAUUUUCUGGCAGCAUGAUUGUAAAGACGUUUAAAUGUUAAAGAAAUCUACUCACUUCACAGUUUUAUGCAAUAAAAUAUUCGAAAAAAAAG